AUGAAUUCUUUAAUUAUUCUACAAUUAUUAUUAUUAUUGUCGUUAUAUACUACUGAUGAUAAACUAAAAAUAUGCAAUUUUGAUAUACCCAAUAUAAAAACUAAUAAACCAUGUAAUAUUGAACGUAUAGAAAAAGCUGGUAGACGACAUCAAUUCUUAUUAUUUAAUAUAAAUGAAAUAAAUAUUACAUUUCAUUUAUUUUGUCCAAUAUGUCCAGGUGAAAGAUUAGAUCUAUUUAAAUGGAAUUAUAUACCACAUUAUAAAAAGUACAUUAUAUUUAUUAGAGCUAAUAAAACAUACUAUGAAAGUGAUACUAUGCUUAAUAAUAAAUUAUUAGAAAGAAUUAAACAAGAUCCAUUCAAUGAUUUCUGUAUUAGUAAAUUUAAUUUACAAUUAAUUGGACAAAAUAUUAAUGCAAAUAAAUAUUUAGGAACAUAUGUUUGUCAAUAUAUAAAUGAUAAAAUGCAUCCAGCUAAUUUUAUUUGGUAUCAUUUAUAUAGAAUUGGUUUAUUUAAACAAAAUUCUAAACUAACAAACAUAUCAAAUAUUAAUAAUAAUAAUAAUAAUAAUAAUAAUAAUAAUAAUGUCUAUCAUAACAUUCAAAAUAUACAACAAACACAUACAUUACAUAAUCAAGUAAAUAUUACAUUAAACAAUAUUACUGAAUUAGCUGAUUAUCAUUUACGUUUUAUGACUAUUACAUUUAAAAUAGAUGAAGAAAAUGAAGUUAGAAAACAUUGCGGCAAAAUUAAAUUCAAUCAAUAUAGACGAUGUUAUUUGAAAAUAUCACGAUCCGAAUCAGAAUUAAAAGAAACUAUAAAGAAUCCUCAGGACGAGAACAACAACAACACCACUACCACCACCAUCAACAACAACAAUAGUAAUGAUUAUGAAAUGAUGGAAAUUAAUAAAAUAUUAAGAUUAUCAUUUGAAUAUUUUACACGAUUAUAUGAUUCUAAAUUGAAUGGUUCUCAACAAUUAGCUAUGAAUAAAGCUAAACGUUUAGGAUUUAAAUUAUACAUUGAUGAUAAUUUUAUUCAUAUCCCAUGUGAAUAUGAAUUAUUACAGCAUAUAUGGAUACCAAUGUUAGAUAAAUUCCCACUUACUAGUAGAUAUAUAGAAAUUAAUAAUGAAAUAAUAUGCGAUCAAAUUGAUCCAAUUAAAUUGAUCAAUUUAAAUAAACAAAAAUAUCAAAUGAAUAAAACAAAAACUUUUAUCAUUAAAACUAUUCAACAGAAUUAUUUUCAUUUAUUAAUACAAAAUCAUCUAUUGUUUAAUGAAUAUCAACAAAAUUUAUUAAUGAAAUAUAAUUCAAAUAAAAUAAAACAAUUAAAAUGUACAAAUUUAAUGAAUUCCAAUAUAUCUUGGAUAUCAUCAAGUAAUAACCAUCGUAAUUAUACAAUAAACAUAGAAAAAACAAACUUACUUUAUAUUACCAAUGAUUGUAAUUUGGGAUUUGAAAUUCUUCCUAAAACUAAUAAUGAGACGACAUAUCAUUGUUGUUAUGGGAAAAAUUCAACAUUUAAUAUGAUGAUGAUUAAUGAAAAAAAUAACAUCAUUAUUGGUAUAAUUAUUUUAACUGUAUGGUUAUUGAUAUCAAUAAUUAUUUGGGUACUUUUUCUUUGGUGUAUAAACUAUAUGAAAAAAAUCGAAUCCAAUUGGUACUUUUUGAAACUGUAUACAACAAUAAUAAACAAUGGGAGUUAAUUUUUAAAAUUUUUCACAGAAUAUCAUCCAGAUAGAAGCUGAGUAGUUUGUUUGAAAGCAUUUUUGAACAAUUAAAGUUUACUGGUUAAAUUCAAAUACAAUACAGCAGUAAAUACUUAUUAUUAAAGGACAUCCACUAUUAUCUACUAGGAGAUUCACUUGUUGAAGCAGAUGAUAUAGUUCGAUUUGAAGAACACGUCUUCUAAUUGCUUCAAAUAACAAUGUCAGUAUGUCUUCAGUGUCUCGCUCUCCAAAUUCAAAACAUCAUCUUAAAGUUAGUCUACAUCAAUGCAUGAACUAAUAAUAAAAAGUGAAGUAGUUGAGCAUGUCGGUUCCUUCAUUUAUCUGAGAAGUUUCAUCAGUCCUGGUGAGCUGAUUAUUUUAUUAUUAUUUAUUUUAAUACAUAGAUAUUGGUACAAGGAGGCACCGAAUAUAUAUGCGCCAUACAUAUCUCACUUGAUAUAUGUGAGGGCUAUGAUACUACCCCGGUGCCCAUACCGAAGUAGGUGGUUUUCUUAGGGGGCCACACCCCGAGCCCUCGACCUGAACGCCUGAUCCACAAGACAAUGGAGCAUCGUAAGGAGAUGCAGUCCCAUGGUAGCCGGUGACCAACGAUUGGUUCAUACGUCAUUUGUUCCCGCAGGAUACUGGAGCCCAUAUGUACCAUUGGUUUGGGAUCCGGUUAAAGCGCUGAUAUCCAACGAAAUCUCGGUAUGGAUUUAGUAAGUUCGAUUGGCUCUUUCCAACUAGAGCUUGGGUAUACUGAACAACAGUUUUAACUAAAUAAUAUGAAUAGAGAAAUUAGAUUUUCUGACGUUUCGCGACUUAGUGUAAG